AUGCUCCGAUGGCGUAGAGUGGAGUGUGUGACGACAGGCAGAUUGUGUAACGUAGAUGAUGAGACAGGCGCACAUGUGUUUUUCACGUGUAAUGUGGCAAAGGAGUGCUGGAGGCGCCUCGGUGUGAAUGUUGAAAACCAUGCGAUACACACAUUUUCCAUGGGGUUCCAGGCUCUGCGUAAUUCACUGGAGGAGGACGGGCUUUGUUUCGGACUGGUCUUAUGUUGGGGUAUGUGGCAAUGCAGAAAUGCAGCGGUCUGGAGGGGAGAGGCUGUUAGUGUGGCGAAGAUCUUCACUCUUGCUCAAAGUUUUUGGCAGGGGUGGAGACAUGCGCAUGAGAUAGGGACCGAAGGGGUUGUGGCUGGCGUGGUAGUGCAAAGAUGGCAGAGGCCGAUGCUAGAGAGAUGCAAAUUAAAUGUGGAUGCAGCAUUUAAUGGGUACAAUGGUAGGGCGGGGUUUGGAUGGGUACUAAGGGAUGCGCAUGGCGCUUUCCUCGCGGCCAUGGCAGCCCCCUACGGCGUAGCAGAGGAUGCACGUAUGGCAGAGGCAUUGGGCGUACGGGAGGCGCUAAGUUGGCUGAAGGAAAUUGGCGUCCAAAGAGUGGAUGUGGAAAUAGAUGCUCAAGAGUUUUUCCACGCAGUGCGGGGGGAGCCAGGAGAAUCUUAUUUUGAUCUAGUUAUUGAUGAUAUUAAAGAUAUUGCUUCUACAAUUGUUGAUUUGCAGUUCUUGUUUGUUAAACGAUCAGGGAACCAGGUAGCCAAUCGCAUUGCGAGAGAAUCUGGUUCCAUGACUGAUCGUGUUUCUUGGUUUUACAUUCCUCCUGUUUUUAUUGUAAGUUUGUUGAUUUCCAAUAAUGAAAGUUGA